AUGUCUCUCCCCAAACCCUCAAACACACCUAUUGAAAAGGCGCUCGAAAACCUCACAAUAUCACGACAAGAUAAUAUCCAGCAUCUCAGAGCCCUUCGAUUAAGUCCCAGCGGCAAGAUCGUUGUUUUGAAUGGCCUCCCAGGCACAGGAAAGCUCACCAUCCUCAAACGCCUGAAAGAACUUCUCCCUGAAUUCACAACAUGCCUGCUCGACAACCAUCUACUUAUCGAUCCAGUUACCGCAGUGAUUCCUAAUCGAACCGAUAGACACCAUGAGUUGCGUCGUCUGGUCCGAGGCCCUAUUUUUGAAGAAUUGAGCAACCAGGCGAGAAAAGGUCAUACUAUACUCAUGACAGCAUGUCUAGCCGCUGGCGUUCCGAUAGAUGAAGUUUUCUACCAAGAGCACCUCGAAAACUCUCACAGAAGCGACACCACGAUUUACUGGAUCAACGUUGAAUGCCGUCGUGAUAUUCACGAACAACGGGUGUCUACCCCUGAGCGUCAACAGGACAGCAAGGGGAAACUCACCGACGUACAUCUCCUUCGGCUGAUAAUGGACGCGCACAAACUUAUAGAGCCUGACGUUAUCAGCAGAGGAGAUAGUAGUGUGAAACUGGCCUUUGGGAAGCUUGAUGUAAGCGGUUCUGUGGAAGAUUCUGUUCGUUGUCUGCUGGACAUCCUGGCGAGGACUUCUAUACAAUAA